AUGACCACUCCUUCAUUGGCUACUCAUCAAUUAUCUAUGAGGCUUCCCUAUGAAUUGUGUUUGGGAAGGGAAAUUCCGGGAGUGAAGAAUGCUCAACAAGGAAGAAUAACAUCAGAUGGUUUUGUUUCCUUUGUGAUCACUGAAGGGAGACAAGUAAAGAUUGUUGAUAACGAGACCAAAUUGGUUGUUGCAACAUUUUAUUCACCAUCCGAUAUUAAUACUUGUUGUUAUUAUUCACCUAGUGAUAGUGCUGGAGAGAUUCUUUGUUGUUUUACAAAGGAAAAGGAAUUAUUUACUAUUGAUUUAUCUAGUGGUAGAAAAUUAAGACAUUUUAAUCUUGAUUAUGAAAUUAAUAAUUGUUUGGCUGUUGAAAAUCACCUUGUAGUAUUAACAAAUAAUGGUAUAGGUCUUAUGGAUCAUGAUUUUAAUUUUAAAUAUUUACCUCUUGAUAAUCCAACUAGUAUUUAUUAUAGCAAAGAAAAGGAUUUAAUCAUUGUAGGAUUUGAAAGUGGAAAGAUUAUAUUUUACAAGAUAUUGAAUAAUUUAUUAGAGAAAGUAUUUACUCAACAAUUGUGCAAUGAUAGUAUUACAAGUAUUUCAAUUAAUAAUAUUGGCAAACAACAUGAUUUUACUCUUCUUGUUGGAACAGAGGCAAACGAACUUGUAAUGUUUUAUUUUGUUGAUUACUUUAAAUCAUAUCAAUCUAAGCAAUAUAUUGACUUGAGAGAUUAUGCUGAACAAUUGGUUCAAGUUAAAUUAGUUAAUAUUGACAAGUAUUCUUCUCUGAUUUUACUACAAGAUGGAGGUAGUGUCAAAUUACUCAUAUUCAAUUUGAAUAUUUGGAUUUUAACUGAUCAACUAGAGUCUAGUUUAGCAUGUAUAGACAUUGAAAAUUUGUAUUGUAAUAUCUUGGAUGUUCAUGUUCAUGAUUACGUUCAAUAUAAGUCAAAUAACUUGACAAGACUGGAGAUUAGUGUAUUGACAAAUCAAUCUAUUCAUACUAUCACAAUGAAAAAUGACAAUACCUUGAUAGCCAAUCCUUCCUUACAAAAAUUAUUACAUCAAUACAGAUCUAACAUGAACAACUUGUUCGAAGAUUUGUACAAUAAUAAUUUAAUAUCAACAUUGGUAGAAUAUAUCGAAGGAACUGUAUUAAAUCAAGAGGAUUUGAUAUUACCAUUCAAUAACGAUGCUCCAAUGAGUACAAGUCAAAGUAUUAAACAAAGAUUUAUCGUCCACGAUAUUAAGGAUAUUACUAUUUGGAUCAAGAAUACACAAGAAUACGAAUUUUCUGAAUUGGAAAAAAAUUUACAACAAUUACUUGAAAAUACAAAUCGUACAACUCCUCCACUUGUGUUACAGGAAUGCAAAAAGGUGUUACAAAAAUCAAUUCGCAAACUUGAAACCUUAUGUUUGCUUAUUCAAUCAAUAAUUCAUAGAGCUAAGUUAAUUGAAAAUGUUGGUGAUGACUAUACUCCUAGCCUAGUAAAAUAUAAGGAGACUAUCACCUUCAAGGUGGAAUAUGCUAAAACCAUGAUAUGGUUAAUUCAAAAUGGUUUAUUACCAAUGACAUCUAAUAUUUACAAUUAUACCCAAUUACAAACCGAGUGGGAUCAAAGAAAAGAACAACCAUUCCCUAUCAACAAGAUCAAUGUUAGUGAAGAUGAAUUCAAUUCUAUUUUGAAUAUUAUGAAUCUUACUAGUGUUGACAGCGAUAUGGUACCUACUCAUAAUGUUACUAACACUAAAAACUUUUUAAUAGAACAUAUGGCAGAGAAAUGCCAAGUAGAAUAUCCACCAAAAGAUUUGAAAAAUUUCAUUUUACAAAUCUAUAAUAGUAAUAUUUCACUCCAACUCAAACAUUUAAUUAUAUUCUAUUUAAUUAUUGAUAAUAACCAUUCACAUUCAAAUGGUAAUGACGUUUCAAUUUUAAAUAAGUAUGCUAAGGAAUUCAACAUUCCAGCUCCAUAUCAACACUUUGCUGUUGGAUUAUGGCUGUUGGACACUAAACGUACCCAAGACUCAAUUCUUAAUCAAGCUAUUCAUUACCUUUCGAACUUAUUUAUUAACAAUAGCGAAAGUUCUUUCAGUGAAUUGGAUGAAUGGGUUUCAAGUAUACUCAGUAUUUUAAUCAAAUCUUGCUCAUUUAAUUCAGCACAGCGUUUGUUAAACAUUUUGUCUGAUUCAACUACUUCGAACACUUCCGACAUGGAUAUAACCACUUCAUCGAAGUAUUCAAUUGAUUCCAAUAUUCAAGUCUUAAUAUAUUUAACUAAUGAUAUGUAUCACUUGGCUUUUGAUUAUUGCAGAAGUAUGGAGGAUGAAAGUGAGAAGAGAAGAACAUUCUACUGUAUGCUUUACUACUCCUUGAUUGGAAAUUGUUUCAUUGAUUUGCUUUCUAUAUUCCCAUUUGAUGAAAUGGAAAGUUUGUGGAUUGAACAAUAUUUGAAGAAAGAGAAGAAGAAUGAAUUAUUGUUAAGCUAUUACAUUAUGAAUAGUAAUUAUAUUGAUGCCUAUCAUUUGUCAUUGCAAUUCAACAAUAAUAACUUGUUGGCAAUUAUUGGAAAUAUUUUACCACCAAUUCAAAAGGUUAAAUUAGAUCAAAAUACGGCAGAUGUAAAGAAGAAUCCACUUUUGAAAAUGGGUGGUAGACGUAUCAACCAACCAAUUUUCUCAAAGAAUGGAAAUCAAUUGAAGGUAAUUAACCAAUUGACAUCAUUUAAAUCGUGGUUGGAUCAAAAUGACAAGGCUUCAACGUUUACUAUUCCUUCUCUGUUUGAUGCAGCCUCUCCUAAAUGGAUUGGUAAACACAGAAAACACUUGCUACCAAGUGUUGAAAAACAAGAUUUACUCUAUUUACCUCCAAACAAAAUGCAAAUACCUGAAAAGAUGGUUGAUGAAGACGAUGAAUCCACAACCAGUAGUGAAAGUGAAAUGGGUGUGAAACAAACAGUUACCAAUGAUUACGUUCCUCCUCGUUCACAAUAUGGCCAAAAGACUGUGAGAGUUUCAAGACCAGCAGAAGAAGAUGCUUCGAGUGCCUCCCCUAGUGAAGAAGAGGAAGAACAAUCCCUCAUGGUCAAUCGAUUGGAUUACAACAAGUUCAAACAGGUAGAAAAUCAAGAAUUCGAUAAUAACAAGAAGGACGUGUUUGAAUCGUCUGAAGAUGAAGAGUUUGAUAGUGAAGAAUCCUAUGACGAGGAAGAGCCAGAGGAAUAUGUCAUUAGUGAUUAA